AUGGAUCCUCCAAGGAUUUGUGGGCAUGUUCAACCAAAAGUGACGGCCUCACUGGCGGUACAGGCUUGCAGGGAUCUCCGACGUCAGCGGCACCAGACAUUUACCGGGCAUUCCGUGAGGUCCUUGUCCAUGGUGUCCAUGACCGCGGGUCUGCUGGCAUGGAGGCAGCAACGCCGCGCCUGUCGAUCAGCUCGAAGAGCCUCUGAGGUUGUGCAGACCGCACCACUUUUUGAAGUGGAGCCAGCAACACCAGAAGGUUGGUCGUCGAAGAUGGGUAUUGUUCCACCAGAUGACAUUCGGCGGAGGAUAAGAUUAACACGUGGUAUGCUGGAGAGAGACAUCCUUGCUUACCUCGGGGACACCGUGUGGGAGUAUAUGGUUCUUCGACAUCAAUACCAGCAGGUGGUCAGGAGUCCAUUUACGGAGAGUCAGGAGGUACGCACAAUACGGCAGGGACGAGCUGCUGUCAUGCUUCAUCGCAGUGGGGCUCUCACUGGUCGAGAGCGUGAAGUGCUGCUCGAAGGGGCCCAAAAGGUAUGGCUCCAGAAGGUCAGGUGGAAUUUCGAGGGAAUCAGGCAAGUGGGCAUCAACAUGUAUUGCUGUGCUCUGGGUUUGCGGACUCUCCUGGGAUACGCCUACAUGGAUGCGGCGUCUUCGGACAAAGACUUGACAAGAAUCAUCAACGAGAUUGGGCUUCUUCAGAAGCCUGGGAUGGAGGAUCAGAUGCUUGCGGAAAUCACAGGAGGAAUUUUCGACCCAUCAUUACGUCCUCCCGGCAACUACUUUUUGGCGCUCGCUCCGCUGGGCCAUGCAGCACUUCGCCUCUACGUUAGCCGGUACCUCUGCGAGAGGCCACUGAUAGCAAGCGAGUUCAUCUACCGUGUCAAGCUCGCGCUUCGGCAGGAGGAGCUGGACGCAGCAUCGAUCGCCUUCCUCCGUGAUAGUGCUACUGCAGAAGAGGCGAGUCUAAUGCAGGGGGCCCGAGAGCGGGGCGACAGUUACGCCUUUGCCUUUGAGUGUCUGCUGGGCCAUCUUGCGCUCAAGCUUCCGUACCGACUGCAUCAAAUCGUCUCUGAGUUCGGCUGGGCACAGCCGUUGGAAGGGACGUAG